GGCAAAGUGAUACUCCUCAAUUGUGACUCUUCCGUGUGUGACUCCAGGUCAGAUUGUUACAGCCCUUUGCUGCCUUGGUGUGCUCUGAACCAACCCCUUCAUCAGCCUUGUGAAGACCCAGGACAGGCACCAGCCAUGCGGAUGCUGUACCUGCUCCUCCCCUUCAUCCUCCUGUUGGUCCACAGUGCUGAAGGAUCCUCCCUGGCCCCAGGAAAUAAGAAGGAAUGUGAGCGAGAAAAUGGCUACUGCGGGUUUCUGAAGUGCUCUUUCCCCUUUAUCAUCCAGGGAAAAUGUUCAAGGUUUUUCUUUUGCUGCAAAAAAGUGCUGCAGCACAUGGGGUUAAGACCCUGAAAUGUCCAAGCAGGACGUUCCCCUCGCUUCUGGCUCCUGGAACCAUCUCCUGAUGUCCUCUCCCCUCCCUGCCUCUGCCAGGCCCAGCUGCUGGGACAGCAGCAGCGGCAGCUGCUCCUGCUGGCUGCUGCUGGGCUGGAGACAUCUCGUCCCAGCUGUGGGCUCUGUGGGGCAGAGGCUGCUUUUGCCUCUUUAGCUUGA